AUGUGCUAUGAAGCGACAUGGAAAAAGGAUGUGCAAAUAAAAAAGAUGAGCAAAAAAGACAUGCAAGAAAGAUAUGGAAAAAGAAAUGCGAAAAAAAUACAUACAAAGAAGAUGUAUCAAAAAUGUGUCCAAACAAAGUGCAAAAAAGAUGACAUGCAUAAAAGAUGUGGAAAAAGGAAAAAACACACCAAAAUAAAAGAAAUGCAAGGCAAGAGACUUGCAAAAAGACAUGGAAAAAUGCAAAAAAGGAAGAGAGACAGAAAAAAGAGACACAAACGCACUAUGAAAAGAAAUAAGCAAAAAAAUAAUGCAAAAAGUACAAACAAAAAAGAGACACAAAAGAAAGAAAUGCAGAAAAAUACGCAAAAACAGCAUACAUAA